UCUCUCUCUUCCUCCCUCCCUCCUUCCUUCCCAUCCUCUACACACACACACACACACACACACACACACAUACUUUUUUUCUUUUGAAACAUGGUCCCCCUGUGGGGUGGGCAUUAAACUAGGGUCAUCAGGUUGGCAGUAUUGACUUAACUUGUCCAGCAACUUUGUCAUGGCUUCUAAGUGACUUCAUUGAUGAUUAAAAAAAAAAAAAAAAGUGAGGUUACCUAACUUUGCCAGGUUUUUCCCCAACAAGAAUUUUGGAAAUUUGCUUUUUAAUUUCACAAGUUUAGCAAUGUGUUGUCUAGUUAAUUUCAUAACAUAAAAGGUAAGAGAGGAUGGGAGUUUGGAGGGAGGGUUGCUAGAACAUGCAUGGUGAGAACCAUCGGGGCACACAGUCAUUGUGUGGCACAGAUUAUCUCAAUGGAAGCUUUUCUUUUGAAGAAGCCCAGGUUUAUAUGUGAGAUGCAGGGUUCCCUGUGAGCUGCCUUGUCUGGCUGGAGGCUGCUUCCCUUCUAGAAUAUAGAAUCUCCUGUGAACAAUUCCUGCUGGGGUGAAGGGAGGACUUGGCUCAGAGGAGGAGCCAAGUCUGGUGCUGUCUGGUGUAGGCUCUUCCAGCUUCCAGGAGAGGAGCUGUCUCAAGGAAGGGAGAAGCCUGUUCAGAGAAGGGAGAAGCUGUUUAGCAGGGUUUGACUACCUGGUUGCAGGGUGUGGCAUUUUGCCCUCUUGCCCAGUGCUGGAGAAGUGAAGAGUCAGCUAGGGCUCACUAUUGCGGGACAAGGUUCUCAAAUGUGACUCGAACCACUUGGCUUUGUUUUGUUAGUUUUUGUUUGUUUUGUUCUUUGAGACUGGGUUUCUUGUGUAGCCCUGGCUGUCCUGGAACUUAUUCUGUAGAUCAGGCUGGCCUCCAAAUCACAGAAAUCCACCUGCCCCUGCCUCUUGAGUGGCAAGACUCAAGGUGCGUGCACCACCAUCAUCUGACUUGGUGGUUGCUUUAAAUCUGGUUCACAGAAAGUUAAGUCUGAGGAGAGAAUUACACUUAAAAUUUUUACUUGAAACUAGGGACACUUGGGCAGUGAAAUGCUCAGUGGGUAAAGGUGCUUGCUAUGCAAACCUGACUACUUGAGUUCGAUCCCCAGAACCCACAUAAAGGUGGGAGGAGAGAACUGACAGCAUAAAGUUGUUAUCUGACUCUUAUGUGUAUGCCAUGGCACACAGACAUGCACAAAUAUCACACAAAAAUAAUAAAACCUUAGGGAUUUUUUUAAAAGCAACAAUACAAAAAUACCAGACUACUUUCUUGCACCCUUUAAAAAUAAUCUUUUAUUUAUAUCUUGACAAUUUCAUACACAUAUCUUGAUCAUAUACACAUCCAGGAUGCUUUGCCAGUCCCAUAAUGGCAGUUGAGUCAGGCCCACUAGUAGUCUGUCUGUUGGUCUGUCUUGUAAAGAAGGUUGCUUCACAUGAGUAUUUGUAUCUAAACAUGUCCUGGCCAAGCGUAGUCAUGGAACAGUUUUCUUAGAUGUGUUCCUGGCCCAGCUUGAGCUAGGAGGCUUUCAGUGAUUCCUCUUGAGUAUGUCUCUGUGUGUGCACAUGUGUGUACGUAUGUGCAGAGCAUGUUAAUGCCAUUCCUCUUGAAUGACCAUCCAGUGCCCAUCUUUGCCCAGGCCACCUAAGACAGGCACUGACCCUCCUCCAGGAGCCUUGGGCCCUUGAUACAGAAUAGUGAGGUGCAUGGGAGCCAGGCUGGCUUUGAAGUGUGGCUCUGCCACUUCCUAGUUCCGUGGCCUGAGGCCAGCUUUAUGUGUCUUCAGAGCACUGAGGUCAGAUGACUUAACUGCAGGUAAAGCACUUGGCAUAGCUUGUGGCAGGAGAGAGAACACCAGCUGCCAUUUCUGUCUCAGGAUGUUGUAGAAACAUCUCACUGUUCUUGGGAUCUGUUCAUGGAAGCUGUUUUUCCUCGUGCUGUGAAAGUUGAAAGGUCAUGGAUUUCACCAUACUAGGCUUGUGCCAGACUGAAGGACAAUCAAUGCCUUUUACUAACAGACACUGAUCAAACGGGAUUAGAAUGGGGAUCCAGGGCGCUUUCCUUCCUCUUCACAUAACUUCAGGCAAACAAUGAAUUUUAAGGCAAACAAUGAAUUUUAAGGCAGCUGAUCUCGAAAAGAGAUCAGAGAUUCUAGCUUGUUAGAGUUAAUGAACUGGGUUUUCUGAUUGGAUGUGUACUGCUAACAGCCCUCCCUCACUUUCUUGUUGGUGUAGGAAAUGGAUUGCAAAACUCCUUGGGGCUGUCCCUUAUGGUUGCUGUACUCCUUGGGAGUGUCCCUUAGGGUUGCCGUACUCCAUGUGGUGUCCCUUAUGGUUUUUCGAGGCUUUCUAUCUAUGUCUGUUCCUAAUUCUCAUCUUGCUUCUCCGGCUAGUUGGACGUUGAGUCCCACCAUAGCUGCUGUGCCCUCCCUCCAGCCACUCCCUGUGUGGACCCUUUCUUCUGGUGCUUCAUUUGUUCGCUUGUCCUUCACUGCUUGUUUUGAGGCAGAGUCUCCUCCUGUAGCCCUGAAGAGCCUGGCAUUCCUGAUCUUCUGGCUGUGUCCUCAGGUGCAUGCUGCUGUGUGCGGCUUGUUCCAUGUUCUGUGAACAGUUCUACAGAGUUCCUGAUGUCCGUUGUUCAUACAGUCAGUGUUAAGAGACAAGGUCCCUGUUUAAGGGAUUGAUAGAGGUUAAGGUGGACAUUGUGGCAAUUUGAGGUGAUAAGGUAAGGUCCCAAGAUGUGCCAUUUAAGCCAGGACUCUGGAAUGAGAAAGAGCCAGCUCUGUGGAAGACUGGGAUGUAUGCUGUGGACAGAGAGCAGCAAGCACAGUGCUUUUGAGUGUCGUGUGCUUUAGGCUGUCUCACUGCCCAUCGAAAGCCCAUGUGGCCUGGAGGAGGAAGGGCAUGCAGGGAGUCAUUGGAAGGGAAGCUCCUUUAGUGCCAGGAAGCAAGGUUUUCUUCUUUUAAGUGCACUCACUGAUAGACUUUCCCACACAAUGAAGCUGGGGGGCAGGGUUUGUUUGUUUUGAUUCUUUGAGAUAUGGUGUUUUAUUAAAGCUGAGACUGACCUUGCAUUCGUGAUGUUCUUGUCUCCAGAACAGCCAAACUACAGGAGCACACCAUCAUUCCCAGCUUUUAGAUUGUAUUCUUUUUUUUUUUUUAAGAUUUUAUUUGUUUAUUAUAUAUAAGUAACUGUACCUGUUUUCAGACACACCAGAAGAGGGCAUCAGAUCCCAUUACAGAUGGUUGUGAGCCACCAUGUGGUUGCUGGGAAUUGAACUCAGGACCUCUGGAAGAGCAGUCAAUGCCCUUAACCGUUGAGCCAUCUCUCCAGCCCUAGAUUGUGUUCUUACAGAGCCUUUCUCUUCGUUCCCUGUGGGAAGUGGAUGGAAACAGGGGCAUGGGAGGAGGCCUUCCAGGCUGGGGUGCUCAGUACUCCCGUGCUGUCAUUGGUGGGCUUGUGAUUGAUAGAAUGUGGAAUUGUGAACAAAAGAGCAGUCUGCACUGAGUUUCUGGAUCAAGGAACUGGCUAGGUUUGGGGGAAAAAACUUACAGUUAGUGGGGCCAAUUGAUUAAUUAGAUCAGCAGUUAAGGUCAUUGCUGCUCUUCCGAGGAGACAGGCUUGGUUCCCAGCACCCACAUGGUAGCUAGCUAGCUCACAGCUAUCUGUAACCCCGUUCAGGGGAUCCAGGGCCCUCCUCUCUCCUAGUGCAUGUACAUGUAGCAACAUGAAAUUGUUUAAAAAUGAAUUUACAAUUAGAGUCAUCAAUAAAAAAAGUGUCAACAGCUAUAAAAUUUUGUAUAUGAGAAAGAUGACCUUUAGUGUGUCAGUGUAGAAUAGAUAGAGUUUUACUAAAUGUUUGGGUAACGGGAGAGUCCCUAGGGAGGGACAUUUAUAUGUAUUUUAACAUUAUUGCUUACAGCAAAAUGAUAGAUCACAUUUUAAUUUAAUGAUUCAUAUGUGUGUGGAGGGCACAGGCUGAUGUCAGCAGGCCCCAGGGAUCAUCCUCCCUUGGCUUUACAGGUGCACAUUCCUGGACCUGGCAUUUAUAUGGGUACUGGGAUCAAAUUCCAUGUGUGGGCAAGUGCUUUAUUAGUGAGCCAUCACUCCAGUUCCUGGAUUUCUUUCUUCUUUUUUCUUCCUUCCUUCCUUUCUUAAGAUUUAUUUUACGUGAGUACACCGUCAUUCUCCAGACACACCAGAAGAGGGCAUUGGAUCCCAUUGCAGAUGGUUGUGAGCCACCGUGUGGUUGCUGGGAAUUGAACUCAGGACCUGUGGAAGAGCAGUUGAUGCUCUCAGCCAUGGAGCCAUCUCUCCAGCGCCCCAGAUUUUCAUUUGUUAAUUCUUACACAUCGAGGUGUUUUGAGUGUAUGCAAUACCCAAACAGGCCAGAAGAGGGCACUAGAUACCCUAGGACUGGAGGUACAGAUAGAUGGUUGUGAACCGCCCUGUGGAUACCGAAAAUAGAAUCAGGUCCUGGGGAAGAGCAGCCAGUGCUCUUAACUGCUGAGCCACCCCUCCAUCCCUAGAUCAGAUUUUUUUUAAAAAAAGUAAUAAAUACUAGAAGAAAUCAUUUAAAAAGUUAUUUUACAAUUUCAGAAGGAAUAUAUUUCUGAGUAUGUCAGACUCUAGUACUUGCUUCAAAAGCACAUGCACUAAAUGCCAAGAUUAGCAUGGCCUCUGUGCACAGAUGACACACAGAUUCAUGACUGUGUCGAACUCCAGAAGACACAAAGGACAAUACUGGUGACUUCACCUACUGAGAAAUACAGUGCUUGCUGUGGAAAGUCCUAGACAAAGUAAAAAAGGAGACAUCCUGAUGGCUUCUUAAUGCGGAUCUUAGGUAAAGAGUCCCUGUAAGUAGUGAACUCAGCUGGCAGAGUUCGUGGAGGAGGCACAAGGAACGUGAGUCUGGAAAGGUCUUGAGCUCUCACCAUGUCUAUGCGGCUUCCACCUGCCUGGCUGACACGGGUGAACACGCAGUUCCUUGGUGGUGUGCUGGAUUGUUGGUGGGCAGUGACACUCCACACACCCAUGCCCUAUCCUACAGAGAUGAGAGGUGCUGACAUUCAUGUGAUGCCCUGUGUGUCUGGUGAACCUGCAAGGAUGUUAGAGGCAGGAAGGCACCAGGGCAUGGGUAAGUUGUGGUGCAGCCUAAUCACAGAGCCUGCUGUAUGGUGUGUGUGGGUAGAUACGAGUGCUAUUUGGUGCUUAGUGCAGAAGGCCAAGUGCAGAGCAUCCUAAUAGGACAAAUGGCCGUGCACAUCAUGGCUUUUAUUUUGAGAGUCGGUUAUGAACUCUCCAGAAAUCACAGGGGGGUCUGUAGAGGUCCACGAACCUUUCACCCAUCUCCCCUGGUGACAAAUGCAUCACAAGUAGGAAAAGGCCACGGGUGUCAGACUGUUGCCCUUACACAUGCUGACAUCUUAUGAACACGUUUGUGCUUGUGUGCACACGUGUCACAUGUCAUUGUACGUGGUUUUGCCCAGUGGUUCAUAACGAGCUCCUAAACUGGGACAGAGGUUUUGUUGCUGCUGUUUUGUUUUUCCUUUGAGACAGGGUCUCGUGUAGCCCAGGCUAACCUUGAAUGCACUAUGUAGUUAAGGAUGACCUAAAACUUCUGAUGUUUCUGUUUUUUCCUGAAUGUCGUGAUUAUAGGUGUGUGCCACCAGGCCUUGUUUAGAUAAAGGGUUUUCUAUAGGGUAUUUUUGGCAGGACACACAAGAGACUGGAAGCAGUGAUUGGUUGCCUUGGGGGAAGGCAAAUGAGGUAGGCAGACAUGACAGUGCUAUUGGGGAGGAGACAUCCCUUUCACUGUCACAGUACCUUGUAAACAGUUUGAAAGGUCUCUGUGGCACCCAAGUGAAUCGAGGCAGAGAGCCAUCUGUAGCUCUUUCAGAGAUGGAUGGGUGUGCAGUAGUCAGGGGCCGAGCUAGAGGUCCUGUAGGGAAGAGAGUAGAGAUCUCUGGAAAGGCGGGCAGAUGAAGCUCAGGGCACUCACCUGAGGGGAGGCUGGGUGAUGAUGGGGCUCAGGCUGUGACGAUACAGUGGCAAGUGAGGUAGGGAUAGCCUAGGCAUGACUGUGAGCGAGCAGGAAGGGAGGACAUAGUCUGGUAGCACAGCUUUUGUCUGUGUGAGAGAAGUCACCACUGGACUUUUAAAAAAGAAUUCUCAUACUUAUGUGAUGGGAGAUACCGUGGUUGAGAAGGUGGUUGUCCCCGGGGAGGCUCAUCUGUUGCACUUGGAGUUUGUUGACUCCUGAGAUUUCCCCAAAUGCAGGAAACACAACUGCAUACUUUGUGGUGGUAGGGGUUGCAUUUGUGUUCUUCUCUGUAAAGAAAAAAAUUCUCAGCUGCACAUAGUGGCACACACUUUAAAUCCCAGCACUUGGGAGGCAGAGGCAGGUGGAUCUUCAUGAAUUUGAGGCCAGCUUGGUCUACAGAGGGAGUUCAGGACAGACAGGAACCCUGUCUUGCAACAAUAACAAAAAAAAAAAAAAAAAAAAAAAAAGAAAAAAGAAAAAAGAAGAAAGAAAAAAUUCUCUUUAAAGCUGAGACCUGACUUUGACAGGAAGACGUCUCAGUGCUGACUGAUUCGGAAACUCCACUUUAUUCCACAGCAUUGUAGAUAAAGACAUAAUAAAACUACAAACCAAAUUAAGAUUGCUCAUUAGCAAGUGGAUGUACAGGGUAACAUGUCCAGUGUGUCGGAGGAGAGAAGAAAAAGGCAGCACAGCAUCAAGGACGGUCUACAGUUCAUCCAGUCUCCACUGUCAUAUCCAGGGACCCAGGAGCAGUAUGCGGUGUAUUUGCAUGCUCUUGUGAGAAAUCUUUUUAAUGAAGGAAAUGAUGUUUACCGGGAAUGUGAUUGGAGCGGCUCUCUACUUCAGUAUUCAGAAGCUCUGAAUAUAGCAAGUUAUGCAAAGUCUGAAGAAAUUUUAAUUCCUAAAGAAAUCAUUGAAAAACUUCAGAUAAAUCGUAUUGCCUGCUAUUCUAAUAUGGGUCUCCAUGAUAAAGUUUUAGAAGACUGUAACGCUGUCCUCAGUGUUAAUGCCAGUAACUGCAAGGCUCUGUAUCGGAAGGCUAAGGCUCUAAGUGACUUAAGGCGCUACAGAGAGGCCUAUGAUGUCGUGGCAAAGUGCUCCUUAGCGGUGCCUCAGGAUGAACAUGUAAUAAAGCUAACUCAAGAAUUAGCUCAGAAAUUGGGAUUUAAAAUAAGGAAAGCAUAUGUUAGAGCUGAGCUCUCACUGAAAGCAGUUCCUGGGGACGGGGCUCCCAAGGCUGUGAACCAUUCUGUGGAAGAUAUUGAACCAGAUUUGUUAACCCCAAGGCAAGAAGCACUUUCGGUUGUCUCCCUUCCCACAUCCAGUUUUUCUCAUGUUAUUGGGAGUGAGCUGGCCUCGGUUCCUAUUAUGCCUGUAACUUCUGUUUUACAACUGCAAGUGGAUGAGAGCCCUCUGCCGUCCACAGUGUUUGCAAAUGGAGGGAAGAUCCCCUUCACCAUAUCAGAAGCUUUUCUGGAUGAUGACAUUGUCCUUGGGGAUGAAAUAGAUGCUCUUCUUGAUUCUGCCCCAGAAACUAACGAUGCUGUUAUGUCCUCCACCCUGGUCCGAGGACCCCUCCCGACUGCCAGCGCAGCUCCAGGCUUCCCCUUCAGGGCACCAUCCCUGCUUGGAACCUUGCCCAUUGGUGCAAGGUACGCUCCUGAGCCCUCCUUUGCAGAGUGCUUUCCACCUCUGACUUCACCCUUGGAAGACUUCUACUCUUCUUUAAAUGCAUUUUCGGUGACUGAGUCCACUCGAGAUCUGUCCACCUCAACUGCUAGAGAGGGAACAGCGCUUAACAGCAGUAACUCCUCCCUUUUACUUAUGAAUGGACCAGGUAGUUUGUUUGCCUCUGACAAUUUUCUGGGAAUUACAAGUCAGCCUAGCAAUGACUGUGGAAACUUGUUUGGAAGUGUGAUCGCUAAACCAUUUUCUUCAGGGACUCCUAGGCAUCCCCUUGAAGGAACCCACGAGCUGAGGCAAGCUUGCCAGAUCUGCUUUGUAAAAUCAGGCCCUAAGUUAAUGGAUUUCACAUACCAUGCUAAUUUAGAUCAUAAAUGUAAGAAAGAUAUUUUAAUUGGUAGGAUAAAAAAUGUUGAAGAUAAAUCAUGGAAAAAAAUACGUCCAAGACCAACAAAAACAAAUUAUGAAGGACCAUAUUAUAUAUGCAAAGAUGUUGCUGCCGACGAUGAAUGUCGAUAUUCAGGCCACUGCACGUUUGCUUAUUGCCAAGAAGAGAUAGAUGUGUGGACCCUGGAAAGGACAGGGGCCUUCAGUCGAGAGGCUUUCUUUGGCGGCAAUGGAAAGAUCAGCCUGACUGUGGUCAAAAUCCUCCAGGAGCACCUUGGAGAGUUUACAUUCCUUUGUGAGAAAUGUUUUGAUCAUAAACCUAGAAUGAUAAGUAAAAGAAAUAAAGAUAACUCUACUGCCUGUUCUCACCCGGUCACAAAGCAUGAAUUCGAGGACAAUAAGUGCCUUGUUCACAUUUUGAGAGAGGCCACAGUAAAAUAUUCCAAAAUACGGUCUUUUCAUAAACAGUGUCAGCUUGACUUAUGUCGACACGAAGUCCGUUAUGGCUGCGUCAGGGAAGAUGAGUGCUUCUAUGCCCACAGUCUUAUUGAAUUGAAAGUUUGGAUAAUGCAAAAUGAAAGAGGUAUCUCCCAUGAUGAUAUUGCUCAACAAUCCAGACAGUACUGGAGAAGUUUGGAAGCAAGCCUGCCUGGACUGCAGGUACUUGGUAAUCAGAUCAUGCCUGGAUUACUUAACAUGGAGAUAAAGUUUGUCUGUGCUCAGUGUCUGAGAAAUGGCCAAGUUACCGAACCCGACAGGAACAGGAAAUACUGCAGUGCCAAAGCACAGCACUCGUGGACCAAAGAACGUCGUGCAAUGAGAGCGAUGUCUUUUGAACGUAAGAAGUGGAUGAACAUCCGUCCUCUCCCCACAAAGAAACAAAUGCCUUUACAGUUUGAUCUAUGCAACCAUAUUGCUAAUAGAAAAAAGUGUCAGUAUGUUGGCAACUGUUCCUUUGCUCAUAGUCCUGAGGAACGGGAAGUGUGGACUUACAUGAAGGAUAACAAAAUACAUGAUAUAGAGCAGUUUUAUGAACUCUGGCUGAAGAACCAGAAAACUGAAAAAAGUGAUGAGACAUCCAGUCACUGUAGCAAAGAAAACGGGAAGCAGAUCCACAUGCCAACAGACUAUGCGGAAGUCACUGUGGACUUCCACUGCUGGAUGUGUGGGAAGAACUGUAACAGUGAGAAGCAGUGGCAAGACCACAUCUCCUCCGAGAAGCACAAGGAGAAGGUUUUCCACACUGAGGACGACCAGUACUGCUGGCAGCACCGCUUCCCCACAGGGUACUUCAGUGUUUGUGACAGGUAUAUGGAUGGCUCCUGCACAGAAGGAAGCAGCUGUAAAUUUGCACAUGGAAAUGCUGAACUUCAUGAAUGGGAAGAGAGAAGGAAGGCCCUUCAGAUGAAACUCCAGAAAGCACGGAAAGAUCAUUUAAUUGCCCCAAAUGAUAAUGACUUUGGAAAAUAUAGUUUUUUGUUUAAAGAUUUAAAGUAAUAUGCUGGCUUUUAUGUAACCCAAUCGGAGCACUGACCAGAAAAAUUGCAGGUGUUGAACGGCGCAUAGCAGAGGAGCUGCAGAUUUUCUGCUUGAUCAGCAUCUAUCGUUCCUCCUGAGCAGCAACCAUAGUAGAUAGGACAGGCUGUUUGACAGGCCUGGCUAGGCUCUGUGCAGCCACUGGCAUCAGAUGGCGGCGACUUGCUUCCAGGUUGCACUCUGUUGGAUAGAAGUUUGGCUGAGGUGUGUUGGGGAAGAGGGUAAGGUUCAGGAUGACUCUAAGGGAAGAACCAUGGCCACGAGAGAAUAAUGUACACUGGGAUUGGAAUGAGCGAGGGAUGAAAUUCCCUCUGUGUUUUAGUGGAAUGAAUGUAUUUAAUAAAAUAAUAAAGUCUGCUACUUAUCUGUAUGUAGGUUGCUAAAAAGGAUUUUCUUAACUCAGAUUUUUAAGCCAAAUAACCAUUUAGCACUAGGGUCUGUUAAAUGGGUAUUUUCUGUAUUUGUAUGUCUCACUGUGAUAAGGGAACUGAUGAUCAUGCACAUCAAGAAUAUUUUAAAAGUAAUCAGUGGACACAAAUUUUAUUUCUUGGUCUUUUGCUGCUUAAAUGAUGAUUUUUGAAAGAUUAAACUUGUACUGCUGGUAUUGUGUAGCGUAUGGACCGAUAUUGCUUGUAAUAAAAGAUUUUACAUAGAGAUGA